UGUUUUAGUAUGGUUAUGAGCUUGUGACUCAGUAGCAGGCUACAAGUCAAGUCCAUCAUUUCAUUUUCUGCACUCCCUCCCCUUCCCUCACUCCAUGUCUAUGUCCAACUAGAAACACACACAGUCAUGACCUCCAGAGCAAGCUCCUCCCCACAACUCCCCCUAUUCUCAGCCUCACCAAAGCUCUCAGCUGAGCCCUCAGGGCUCUCAACUCCACCCCUCCAAACUUCAGCCUCAGUUCCAUUCCUGUGGGAACAAGAGCCUGGAAAGCCCCUCCCAUGCACUGCCUUGAUCACUCUACCAACCCACAACAAAUGCCUAGACCUCCCUCCAAGGCUACAGCCCACAGAGCACUCUAGGCUAAUUACCAAAACACCCUCCCCCACCACUGUUCUUGAUGGCCCGUAUAAUGUCAUCUCUUCAGCCUCAUUCAGACUGUUCAGCAGCAGCAAGCGCCAUGAUUCUUUUCACACCCCUUUUGGUCCUGAGAGGCUUCACAUGGGUAGAAAAGGUCUGUUUGGUAAUUCUUGGGGCCAAAGAUACAAGUCUUUCAAACUUAAGGGUAGCAAAGAGGAAAUAGGGAGUGAGGCUAGUUCUGUCUUUUCACUGUCUUUGGAUGAGAAAGAAGAUGAGAAUGAGAGUGACGUCAACAGGACAUCAGCAAAAGUGAAGAGGCCUAAAUUUAGGAGGAGGGGAAGCUUUUCUACUUUGUCUCAUGUCAAAUCUCACUUUUGGACAGCAAUGUGCACGGGAAUAAAGCACGCCAUACCAUGGAAGUCAAGAAAAUCGAAGAAACAAGUUCACGUUGUCUAAUGCAUUCUCUUUUCUCGAUACUGCUCCGUUUUCUUGGCUGCAUAAGCUUCUGUAACAUAAAAUCCAGCUUCUACGUGUUUGCCUGUAUGUCACAUUACUAGGUUCUAAAUAUAUCAACUUUGUGUGUUGGAUUCUCUCCACCAAAAUUUUCUCAUGUCCGGAUCCUUACAAUCUGACUUACACUGGUCAAUUCGAAUGUUUAGAGUGUUGUGUGUUAUUA